AGAGAGCAAGAGAGAGAGAGAAAGGAAAAGAGAGAGAGAAAGAGGGAGGAGGGGUGGGCAGACAAAACAAGCUACAUGCAUAAGGAGGGAGCCAGAGGCACAGAGACAGAGAGGGAGAGUGAGUGUGAGUGUGCAUGUAUGUGUGAAAACACUGCGCAUGUGUGACUGUGAGGUGCACUGACUGGAACAGGCGGAGAAGGAGAAAGAGGAGUGAUGAUGAGAAGCUGAGACAAGAGGAGAGAUAACAGAAAGAGACGAGAGGCUCUACCUGAAGACAAGGAAAGACAGAAGGGGACAAACACGUAGAGAGACAGCAUAUAAACUCAGACCGCUGUGUGAAAUAAUCUGAGUGAUGGAGAGAGCGAGACCAGAGGGAGACACUCAUCCACUGCUCAGAGAAGGAGCAGGAGUAGGAGAGUGAAGGGCAGAGGUACCCGGAGAGGAGAGAGAAACGGAGGAUGCAACAGAAGCAGCCCAAGACAUGACGCAUCCACCUUACAACAGCCUCCUCCAUCUUACAUCUCCUCCAUGUUUCCUUCCAGUCGCCGCUGCAUGCCGUUCAUCCUGCUAGAAUCGAAUGGACAGGAGAGAGCAUCCUCCCUGUGGUGAGAUACCUCUGGAACAAAGAGACUGAGUGGCAUCAGCAACACUGACAGCAACAACUGGAACAGAAGCGAGGAGGAGAGAAAGAUCUGGAAUGAGACGAGUGCGUUGGCAGACAGGUACAUGGACCAAAGGAAUCCUGAGCAUGAGUCACUGAAAAAGGGAGACAAGCACAGAGGCAUCCUUCAGACUGUUAUCACAUCUUUUGCUCUACCGGGAGGACCGUCUGAAAGUCAAAUCAAAAAUCUUUACUCCCACCUUUGAGGAAUUCAGGAGUAUUGGAGCUCGAAGGAGUCAUAAAAACAGCUUUCUGGAGUCUUACAGGGCACCUCCCUCCUUUUUCUUAUCAACAAGCCACCCAGACACAGAGUCACCUGACCAAACGGGACCAAGAGAAGGACUGGAGGUUAUUCUUUUACUCUCACAGUCGAGCUGGUGUGUAACACACCCACAGCCAAAAACAGGAAGUAAAGUAAGAAACACAUGCAAGGGCUAGUCUGAGAAGGCAAGAGUUUCCUUGGCAGGCCACAGGAUAUCGUUUCAGACAAUACCUCUUGGACCUUUGCGAACUGCCUGAACUCAACACCCUCCAUCUGUGAAAGCAGAAACUUGUACUGUUAUGUAUUUAUGUGAGCAUCUGUAUGCAUAUGAGAUUAUUUAUUAGUGUUAUCACUAAGUGAGAACAAAUCUUUGUGCUAAAUUACUGUUCUGGUGUAUGAAUAUACUUUUCUGCAAAUAAGCUUCAGAGACAGCACAGGAUCAUCAGCAUAUGUGAGUAAACAACAAAAAACUACCUUUAAGUUGUCAACACUGGUCAGAAACUGUAAGCUGGACUGUUGAAUCAUCUGUACAUAUCAGCAGUGACAGAGUAAGAGCUGCAGGUUGUGGUGCUCUGGCUGAGCUCCUCUAUCUGUCUUCUCCUCAUAAAGACUCAGGCUAACAGACGCACACAUCAGAGGGGGAACCCUGAGGGAAACAUGGAGGCAACCAUCCGUCCUCAUGUCCCCUCUAAUGGCUGACUUUAAAAACAAAGCAUAAUUUAUUCCCCUUGCCCAGAACCAGGCAGGGUUGUCCAGUGCUGAUUUGAGCCACAGCCUUUCUCUCUUUCACCUCCAAAAACUGUGCGAAUGUCCUGCCUCCGGCGUCAGCCCGUCACCAUCCCCAUGGACACCGUCAAGAUCAUCCAGUCGGAGAAGUUCCCCAGAGAGUGCCCUGUCCCCGUCACCCAGCCACGCUAUGCCCCUCCCCCCAGAGUGGCCUGGGAUGGUGGAGGCGAGGGAGAAAUCAUCGUCAACCAGGCAUGCAGUGACCUGGCUCUGGAGAUGACAGGGACCCCCAGGUCGAUUGUGUCCUCCCCCGUCCCCGUGACGCGCAGGGAGCAGAGCUUCCUGGCUCAGCGCAAAACCAGUGCCAACGAAAUCUGCUACCACCAGUUCCACUACAAGAUGGAAGACGUCAUCGUCAACCAGUACGUGCUGCGCUCCUCCUCAACGUCCUCCUCCACCUCUUCCUCCUCCUCCUCGGGACCCGUCAUGCCCUGCGAGCCCCUGGACUGCCCCACCUGCGGUCACACCUACAACUUUGCCGGCAAGCGUCCGCGUAUCCUCUCCUGCCUGCACUCGGUGUGCGAGGAGUGCCUGCAGAUCCUCUAUGAGUCGUGUCCUAAGUACAAGUUCAUCUCCUGCCCCACGUGUCGGCGCGAGACGGUGCUGUUCACUGACUAUGGCCUGGCUGCUCUGGCCAUCAACACCAGCAUCCUGAGCCGCUUGCCCUCUGACCCCAACGGGCCUGUGCAGUGGGGCGGGGACGCUGACCGCAGCUGCUACCAGACUGUGCGCCAGUACUGCCAGUCAGCCUGCACCUGCCAGAUCGCCAACCCGUUGUCCUCCUGUGGCAUCAUGUAGACAGGGGGGACACUGCAGGCAUGACUCGACGCUGCCCCCCCCAACCAACACUUUCGUCUAUAAGCUCAACCCUUUCUGCCAAUCCCACCUCCCUCACACUCACAUACAGUGAAUAAAUCCUUACACAGAUGUUAUCUCUAUAUAUUUAAUAGCACAGAUGGAUGCUGUGUGGGACUAAUGGAUGCUGAUGGUUCGAUAAAUAGUAAAUAAAUGUAUUUUAUGUAUGGACUGGAAUCCUGUUCACCCUCUCUCGUUUGGUUGGACGUGUUUGUCAUUGACAUCUCUUUACAUGGGAAUGCCAGGGGAGGUAAAUCCCCCCAACCUAGGUGAAUAAAGA